AUGGAUGCUGUGGGCGGCCGACGCAGUCCAGAUCUGAUUUUCCCAAACUUCGGCAGACGCCGUCCAGCCCAGGGUCGUCCAGGCGCCGCUCCUGCUGGCCACUGGUUGCCCGAACUCGUCGGGUUUUCUUUCCUAAGCUUCAACAGCGCCACGGCGACCUACCGCUCCUGGGGAGACACUGAUGCCGUCUCAUUCGUUGUUUCCGCAUACUUCACCAUGGUCGGCCUCUUCUUCUGCAUCAAGAAGUUCCAGGCAGCGCCAGCAAAUUCGAGGAGGAGAAAUGCCAUAGGAGCCUCUGUGUUUAUCAUCUUCUGGGACAGUGUUUCAUUUUUCGAGUAG